AUGAUUUUGAAAUAUUUUUUACUUAUUAUUAUUUUUGUUAAUUUUGGUAAUUCGUUGAUUGGAAGAACACAAUCAGUUGGAAUUAAAGGACGUUUACUUUGUGAUGGAAAACCAGCUUCUAAAGUUCUUGUAAAAUUAUGGGAUGAAGAUGAUGUUCCUGGUGAUGCUGAUGAUCUUUUAGCAUCUAUGAAAACUGAUGCUCAAGGUAAUUUUGACCUUAAAGGUUACACUGAUGAAAUUGGUCCCAUUGAUCCUAAACUUAACAUCUUCCAUGAUUGCAAUGAUGGUUUAAAACCAUGUCAAAGAAAAUUUACAAUUAAAAUUCCAAGUUCAUACAUUUCCAGUGGUAAAACACCAAAGAAAAUUUAUGACGCUGGUACUAUUCAACUAGCUGGACGUUUUCCAGGUGAAGAAAGAGACUGUCUUCAUUAG